AGGGUUCACGUCCUCUUCUCGCGAGACUUGCGAGCGACCAUCUUGCUCCUGCCCCUGACAGAUUCUCUCGCCCAGGUCACUGGGACGCUAGGAACUCCGAGCGGACCCUCGCUGACCAUGCUGUCUCGAGUGGUACUUUCUGCUGCCGCCGUAGCAGCCCCUCCUCUGAAGAACGCAGCCCUCCUCGGUCCAGGGGUGUUGCAGGCAACAAGGAUCUUUCACACUGGGCAGCCAAGCCUUGCCCCUGUCCCGCCUCUUCCAGAAUAUGGAGGAAAAGUUCGGCACGGGCUGAUCCCUGAGGAAUUCUUCCAGUUCCUUUAUCCUAAAACCGGUGUGACAGGACCCUAUGUGCUCGGAACUGGGCUUAUCCUGUAUUUCCUGUCCAAGGAAAUAUAUGUGGUUACUCCAGAGACCAUUUCUGCCAUAUCAACAAUAGGGCUGCUUGUCUUUAUGGUUAAAAAAUACGGUGCCUCUAUUGGGGAAUUUGCUGAUAAACUCAAUGAGCAAAAAAUCGCCCAGCUAGAAGAAGCAAAACAGGCUACCAUCAAAAGCAUACAGGAUGCAAUUGACCUGGAGAAGUCCCAGCAGGCACUGGUUCAGAAACGCCAUUACCUUUUUGAUGUCCAGAGGAAUAACAUUGCUAUGGCCUUGGAGGUUACGUACCGGGAACGGCUGCACAGAGUGUACAAGGACGUAAAGAGUCGCCUGGACUACCAUAUCUCGGUGCAGAACAUGAUGCGUCGGAAGGAGCAAGAGCACAUGAUAAAUUGGGUGGAGAAGCACGUGGUGCAGAGCAUCUCUGCACAGCAGGAAAAGGAGACAAUUGCCAAGUGCAUUGCAGAUCUAAAGCUGCUCGCAAAGAAGGCCCAAGCACAGCCAGUUAUGUAAAUAAAUCGCUCUAGAUUGAGACAGCUAAAAACACUUGACUGACUGAGCGGAAACUAGGCUGUGACAAAAGCUUUCUAUAUUGCGUCCUACCGGAGUCAGUUUGCCUCACCUCAAAAUGAAAAGUGUGAGUUCCAUCUAACGACAGAAUUAAAACAAUCCAUUGGCCAGUGAGAUGUGUCUUGUCCUUCUUGCUCUGCAUUUUGAAUUGUUCGAUGAUUACUUUUAAAUAAGCAGUGUGCUUUUAAUAAUAUUUGGUACCUGAUUAAAACUACCAAGUUAUCGUUGAAAUUUGUAAGUAAUUCUAUCAUUUUACAAUAAAGUAACAGUUGAACAAAGCAUCAAAUUGCAUAAUUUUCUGAAAUAUCUCAACAUUUGUCAUGUGGGUAAAAAUUAAAGAUGUCAUUGAAUUGAUAA